AUGGCAGAAUAUGUAGAAUCGCAGGAAAUUAGCUUUAAAACUGUGUGUGAGGGGCCGACAGUAGAGGGACAGCAGGAGAUGCACCAGGGGCCUGAGGGGCCGACAGUAGAGGGACAGCAGGGGAUGCACCAGGGGCCUGAGGGGCCGACAGUAGAGGGACAGCAGGGGAUGCACCAGGGGCCUGAGGGGCCGACAGUAGAGGGACAGCAGGGGAUGCACCAGGGGCCUGAGGGGCCGACAGUAGAGGGACAGCAGGGGAUGCACCAGGGGCCUGAGGGGCCGACAGUAGAGGGACAGCAGGGGAUGCACCAGGGGCCUGAGGGGCCGACAGUAGAGGGACAGCAGGGGAUGCACCAGGGGCCUGAGGGGCCGACAGUAGAGGGACAGCAGGGGAUGCACCAGGGGCCUGAGGGGCCGACAGUAGAGGGACAGCAGGGGAUGCACCAGGGGCCUGAGGGGCCGACAGUAGAGGGACAGCAGGGGAUGCACCAGGGGCCUGAGGGGCCGACAGUAGAGGGACAGCAGGGGAUGCACCAGGGGCCUGAGGGGCCGACAGUAGAGGGACAGCAGGGGAUGCACCAGGGGCCUGAGGGGCCGACAGUAGAGGGACAGCAGGGGAUGCACCAGGGGCCUGAGGGGCCGACAGUAGAGGGACAGCAGGGGAUGCACCAGGGGCCUGAGGGGCCGACAGUAGAGGGACAGCAGGGGAUGCACCAGGGGCCUGAGGGGCCGACAGUAGAGGGACAGCAGGGGAUGCACCAGGGGCCUGAGGGGCCGACAGUAGAGGGACAGCAGGGGAUGCACCAGGGGCCUGAGGGGCCGACAGUAGUGGGACAGCAGGGGAUGCACCAGGGGCCUGAGGGGCCGACAGUAGAGGGACAGCAGGGGAUGCACCAGGGGCCUGGGUGA